AUGGGUUUGUGUGAUAGAGAAUAUAAAUUCAGGUAUCAAAAUGAAGUGCUGCGCAUCAAAGAGGCUGUACGACAACGAAAUUUGGCCAGAAGGGGUUUGGCCGCGCCUCAAAUCGCAAAGCCAAUAAGACCUGGUCAGCACUACCCAAUGUCAAUGCAGCCCUCAGUUGGUAUACCGACUAUUUCGGUACCACCUCAAAUAGUCAGUCAACAACCAGUGAACGUUGCUUCUAUGAACUGUUAG